CCCCAGCCUCUACGUGAUGACGCGUCGGUGACUCGCCGGGGCCCCUGGGCACAGGCCUGUCGAGCCCAGCGCCGCGAGCUUGCCCCCGAGCCCGCGCCAGGGUCCCGCAGCGCAGCGCGGCCGGCCAGCCCCGGGGGCUCCGCUUCCCGCUGCGGCUCGCGCGGAGGGAGCCAGGCGCCGCGGGACAAAUGCUCUAAACACAAUGAAAAGAUGGCCUGCCUUACAAUGACAGAGAUGGAAGGAACAGCAACUUCUACUCUACACCAAAAUGGUGACAUCCAUGGGAAUGCAAAUGCUCCCAAGCAGACAGAGCCAGUGCUUCAGGUUUACCUUUAUCAUUCCCAGGAGAAGACCGAAGGAGAUUAUCUUCAGUUUCCAGCUGGCGAAUAUAUUGCAGAAGAGAUUUGUGCUACUGCUUGUAAGGCUUGCGGUAUCAUGCCUGUGUACCAUAACAUGUUUGCACUAAUGAAUGAAACAGAGAGAAUUUGGUAUCCUCCAAAUCACAUCUUCCACGUAGAAGAAUCAACCAGGCUCAACAUACUCUACCGAAUAAGGUUUUAUUUUCCUCAUUGGUAUUGUAAUGGCAGUAGCAGAGCAUAUCGUUAUGGUGUUUCCCGAGGUGCAGAGAGCCCUGUUGUUGAUGACCUUGUCAUGUCUUAUCUGUUUGCUCAGUGGCGAGAUGAUUUUGUGCAUGGAUGGGUAAAGGUGCCUGUUACUCAUGAAACACAGGAAGAAUGCCUUGGAAUGGCUGUUCUUGAUAUGAUGAGAGUGGCCAAAGAAAAGGACCAAACUCCCCUGGCUAUCUAUAAUUCAGUCAGUUACAAGAUGUUUUUGCCUAAAUGUGUUCGGGCAAAAAUCCAAGACUACCAUAUUUUGACACGAAAGAGAAUAAGGUACAGAUUCCGCAAAUUUAUCCAGCAGUUUGGCCAAUGCAAAGCUACUGCCAGAAACUUGAAACUUAAAUAUCUUAUAAAUCUGGAAUCCCUUCAGCCUGCCUUCUAUUCAGAGAUUUUUGAAGUAAAAGAGCCUUGCAGAGGUGAAGAGAGUUUUGCAACCAUUAUAAUAACUGGAAACGGUGGAAUUCAGUGCUCAAGAGGGAAACAUAAAGACAGUGAGACACUGACAGAACAGGAAUUACAGACAUACUGUGAUUUUCCUGAUAUAAUCGAUGUCAGCAUUAAGCAAGCAAACCAAGAAGGCUCCAGUGAGAGUAGAAUUGUCACCAUUCAUAAGCAGGACAGUAAGAAUCUGGAGGCUGAAUUUCAUUCAUUAAGAGAAGCUCUCUCUUUUGUAUCGUUAAUUGAUGGAUAUUAUAGAUUAACUGCAGACGCUCACCAUUACCUCUGUAAAGAAGUAGCACCACCAACAGUGCUUGAAAAUAUCCAGAGCAACUGCCAUGGACCAAUUUCCAUGGACUUUGCUACUAAUAAGCUGAGGAAAGCAGGCAAUCAGACUGGCUACUAUGUUCUUCGUUGCAGUCCAAAAGAUUUUAAGAAAUACUUCCUCACCUUUGCCAUAGAGCGGGAUGGUGUCGCUGAGUAUAAGCACUGCUUAAUAACAAAAAAUGAGACUGGAGAGUAUAAUCUUAGUGGAACGAAGAGAAGUUUUGGUAACCUUAAGGAUCUGUUGAAUUGCUAUCAGACAGAAACAGUCCGUUCAGACAACAUCAUUUUCCAGUUUACCAAAUGCUGCCCUCCAAAACCAAAAGAUAAGUCAAAUCUUCUAGUCUUCAGGAGCAAUGGUAUUUCUGAUGUACCUACAUCGCCCGCAUUGCAGAGACACAAUAAUGUCAACCAAAUGGUCUUUCACAAAAUCCGGAACGAGGACUUGAUAUUUAAUGAGAGCCUUGGGCAGGGCACCUUUACUAAAAUUUUCAAAGGUGUAAGGAAAGAAGUGGGAGACUAUGGCGAGCUACAUCAAACUGAAGUCCUCUUAAAAGUGCUGGAUAAAGUGCACAGAAAUUACUCUGAGUCUUUCUUUGAGGCAGCAAGCAUGAUGAGCCAGCUUUCUUACAAGCACUUGGUAUUAAAUUAUGGAGUUUGUGUCUGUGGAGAGGAGAAUAUCCUGGUGCAGGAGUAUGUCAGAUUCGGAUCCUUGGACACAUAUUUGAAAAAGAACAAAAAUUCUAUCAAUAUCUUGUGGAAAUUGGAAGUUGCCAAACAGUUGGCAUUGGCCAUGCAUUUUCUGGAAGAUAAAAGCCUGGUUCAUGGGAACGUAUGUGCAAAAAAUAUCUUGCUUAUCAGAGAAGAAGAUAGGAAGUCUGGAAACCUUCCAUUUAUCAAGCUUAGUGAUCCUGGCAUCAGCAUGACAGUUUUGCCAAAAGACAUUCUUCUUGAAAGGAUACCCUGGGUCCCACCUGAAUGCAUUGAAAAUCCUAAACAGCUAAGCUUAGCAACAGACAAGUGGAGUUUUGGUACCACUUUAUGGGAAAUCUGCAGUGGGGGAGACAAGCCCCUUGGUGCACUGGAUUCUCCCAGAAAGCUACAGUUUUAUGAAGAUAGGCACCAGCUUCCUGCUCCAAACUGGACAGAACUAGCAAAUCUUAUAAACAACUGUAUGGAUUAUGAGCCAGAUUUCAGACUUUCUUUCAGAGCCAUUAUACGUGAUCUUAACAGCUUGUUCACGCCAGAUUAUGAGCUAUUGACAGAAAAUGACAUGUUGCCAAACAUGAGGAUUGGUGCUCUUGGGUUUUCUGGGGCAUUUGAAGACAGGGACCCAACGCAAUUUGAAGAGAGACACCUUAAGUUCUUACAGCAACUUGGCAAGGGUAACUUUGGCAGUGUCGAGAUGUGCCGGUAUGACCCACUACAAGACAAUACUGGAGAGGUAGUGGCUGUGAAAAAGCUACAACACAGCACAGAAGAGCACCUACGAGAUUUUGAAAGGGAAAUUGAAAUCCUUAAAUCCCUGCAGCACGAUAACAUUGUUAAGUACAAGGGAGUGUGCUACAGUGCCGGUCGUAGAAAUCUGAGAUUAAUAAUGGAAUAUUUACCAUAUGGAAGUUUGCGAGACUAUAUCCAGAAACACAAGGAGAGGCUGGAUCACAAGAAACUUCUGCAAUAUACGUCUCAGAUAUGCAAGGGCAUGGAGUAUCUGGGCACAAAAAGAUACAUUCACCGGGAUCUAGCAACGAGAAACAUCUUAGUGGAGAAUGAGAACAGAGUUAAAAUUGGGGACUUUGGACUGACAAAAGUCCUGCCACAAGACAAAGAAUACUACAAAGUAAAAGAGCCUGGAGAAAGCCCUAUAUUUUGGUAUGCUCCAGAAUCGCUGACCGAGAGCAAGUUUUCUGUGGCCUCUGACGUGUGGAGCUUUGGAGUGGUCCUGUAUGAACUCUUCACAUAUAUUGAAAAGAGCAAAAGCCCUCCAGCGGAAUUCAUGCGCAUGAUUGGUAAUGAUAAACAAGGGCAGAUGAUUGUAUUCCACUUGAUAGAGCUUUUAAAGAACAAUGGACGGCUGCCAAGACCAGAUGGAUGUCCUGAUGAGAUUUAUGCCAUCAUGACAGAAUGCUGGAACAAUAACGUAAGCCAGCGUCCCUCCUUUAGGGAGCUUGCGGUGCGAGUGGAUCGUAUCAGGGACAACGUGGGUGGAUAAGAGAACUGAAGUUCGUUCAGAGGACAUAUUGGGACAGAACAAAGUCUGCCCUUUGGGUUGCUGUGGGUUAGACACAUACAUCCGUCUAUCUUUGUUGUGGGCAAAAUGUGUGUGCAAAUAUCCUAUCAGAACCUGCAAACUGUGAGGAAUUCUGUAUUUCUUCUUCAUCAGGAUACAUUUGCUACUACAAGGACAUGACAAUGAAAUACUCUAAUAGAAAGUGGAUUAUUUUUCUAAACAGUGUCCUAAUAUGUGAUCAGUUAGCAUCACCAGUAUUUGCCUUACUUGGCAAUGCAAAAAAAGAGUGACUUACCACUUUGGUGAGGUUUUUAGGGAGAUGAAAAGACUGAAUGCAUUUCCUUGCCAAGAUGGAGAUGCACAGAAUAUAUUUUUAGUGUUUUCACACUGAAUGUAUAGCAACUUGGCGUCCUGUGUAGUGUGUUGCACAAGGGCUUGUGCUUUAUUAAUAGAGUUUUAUAAUUUCAUUGUCAGUGAAGAAUUGGCUUCUCUGUAGAACAAAUUGAAGGAGGUUAGAUAAUUUACUAAGCAACUUUCAGUGUGCCUGUUUGAGUCCAUUAUUAGCCAGCAAUACAUGCAGAGGUAUAUGUUAGGCUGUUGUGUGAUGUACUGUAAAUAUUUUUAGGGAAAGGGAACAAAUAUUUAGUUCUAUUUGUACAGCAACCCCUCUCCCCCCCCAAAAAAAGUUAAAUUUUGAAAUGGACAAGCGUAAAAACAGCACUGUCUAUUUUCCUACUUUCCCCCCAUGUAACCAUUGCGAAAGUGUUGGGUUCUCCCCACAUUUUAUGAAAAUACAGGCAGCAAGUGGAAUUGAAGCUGCUUCAGACAAAGCAAUGACUUCAGUGGGCCACUUCGGAGAAUGAGAAUGCUAAACACAUUAUUAACCUUAUUACAUGCUGCUCUUUUGUCUUUCUGACUUUAUCUUUGUGAUGAUGAAUUUAUCUAUAAAUAAGGAUUCUGCUUUGGGGGUUGAACUAAAAAAUAGAAAACACCUCCAAAUCCACAAUUAAGUAUUAGGAUUAACUAUGCCCCUCUGCCUCCACUCCCAAAAGGAGUUUACAGCAAAACUAUCAGCCAUCUUACCAGGACUGUUUGCUGAUGGAGUUGUACCAUCCCAUCUCCUAUUUCCUUCCUUUGAUCAGACCCCAAGAUUUCGGAGAAGGAACUGUCAGUGAGAUUUCCCAUGCAGAAAUUCCUUCACAUCGGUCUGAGGUUUGGGAAUCAGGAUUUGCCACCCUGCAAACAGGCCCAGGCCCCACCCUCAGAAUUCUGUGGGAUCUGCGUGAGGCCAAAGCUACCUGCACAGAGUCCCUGUACCUUGGCUCGGUGCUUCCAUUAGUUCUGGCCUCAGUCCCUUUAACAUAUGUCAAGGAGCUGCAGAGAAAAGAUAACUUCAGCUCCAGGCUCAAAUACCCUUUCUGGGGAACCCAUGCGCUCCUUCUCCCUGGUCCAUUGCAGACCCACAUAGAAGGGGUAUACAAUCUGUUGAGGUUAACUGAGGCCCCCUAUCCUGUGAGGGAAGGAAGACCUGUGUACGGAGUGUCCCCUACAUGCAUAUUUCUUGGGGGCACGAUCCCCAUUAUCUCUAGCUGUAAGUCAAUGAAUGUGGUGUUUUCUAAUUCAAGCCAUAUGAUCCUACUUGUUCUCUUAAAAUACAGUAGAUUGUAAACUAAAUUUAACUCUAACUUGCCUUGUUAGAGUGGUGGUUCAACUUUGUUUUUGUUCAGCAAAUCUCAUUUUAGGGGCACCACAACUCAACCUUUGUUCUUAGAUCAGAUUUCUAGUCAAGUGGAAUGUUCAUUUUUAAGUAAAUUGACAGCAAAUCAGAGACACAGGAAAACUAUUCGCAAACAUUAAGGGGCACAAUAGUGCUGUCAUAAUGUAAAUCUUAUAAGAAGAUUGUUUUUAAAAAGUACCUCAAUUCUAACUAUGUUUACCCAGUGUUCAGCCCAGUGCCAGUAUGAGAAUGUUUUGUGCCACUACGGGACACUCCUGCAGGUCUUACCCAGGCAAGUCUUAUGUUGACCAAAAACAGGGAGAUUUUGCCAAGGGUAAGAAGUGCAGGAUCAGGCCUUCUAUUCUGGAAAUUAUUUUACCAAUAAUUUAUGCUUCUUUUGUCACGAUGUUUGAAACACUUAAAGCAUUUUUUAAAAAGUAACUUCACCAUAUAUUUUUCAAGUGCUUUUUUUCAAAUCAGUACCUGUUGUUGCAUUUCUGUACAUUGUUUUGGACUUGAUUUUAAAAUAAGUUGUGCAAAAGAUGUAUUUGCAUUUGUAUUUGUAGAGUCUUAACUUUGUACAGUGAGUUUUGUAGGGGUUUUGUUUCAUUUGUUGUUUGUUUGGGGUUUUUUUGGUAACCAAACAAAAUAUUCUAGUUUUACAAGCAUUAAACAGCAUUAUUGCUGGGAUGAUGAAUGCAGAAAUCUAAAAUUGCAGUGUAUGACACUCAGUAACCCAGAGAGGUGGGAUCCAUGAAAGUACAUAAGCACCUAAACCCCAGACUUAGGUGCCUACGUCCCUGUUUUAGGCACUUAAGUCCAAGUUUUGGCUCCACUGCGAUUCAAAAAGCUCUUGCCAAACCCUGUAAGCACCUGAACUCAACGCUGAAGUUUUUUAGAGUAAAAGUUCCCUAGGCACCUAUGUUUCUUCUUUUGGCCAUGUGCUGCCUCGUUCUAGCCGACCAGAUGCCUGACUCCUAUCUGAGCCCCAGAGUGAUUCACUAACCAGGGAAAGACAGGCAUUCAGACACCCAAGUUAUGUGCAGGGCCCAAUCCAGUAGACAGGCUCAGAGCUCACUUACCAGAUCAAGUCCCAUUGGAAAUCUUAAGUACUGGACCUAGGGUCACCCACCUAGGAAGUCCUGAGUCUAGUCCCCCAGUUCCAAACACUGUUUCAUUAUUUAUCAAUAGUGCAACAGGAAAGAGUAAGGGACCCUUAACUUAGACUGUCCCAUAGCCCCGUGGCUAAAGGCAUUCUAACCACGGGGCUAUGGGAGACCGCUGUUCAAAUUCUUUCUCCCCUUCUGGCAGAGCGGGGAAUUAAACUUGGGUCUCCCACACCCUAGGUGAGUGCUCUAACCACUGGCUGAGAAGUUAUAUGGUGGGUGCCACCCUGCCAGCACCACCAUUAUCUGUGGAGCGAGACAGGUGCCUAACUGACUCCCUCAAGAAACAUCUUAGGCGCCUAAGCCAUCUAACUCCAGGCAGCAGGUUCCUGUUAAUGGAUUUACAUAGACAUAGGUGCCUCCCUGCAACCUGGAUUUAGGUGCCUAUUUCCAAGAGAUGGUGGGGCAGGGCUUAGCGCAGACAUCUCUAGUUGGUAUCUCCCACUGGCUAGUUUAGGUGGCUCUCUGCCAAGCAUUCUGGCUUUUGUGUCUUGCUCUCUGAGGCAUCUGUCUCUCCCAAGUUGAUUGUAUAGGUGCCUAACUCACCUAACUGCUUGGUGGAUCGCAGUGGUGGUUCUGUAAGUUUCUAGGCGCUUAAAAGCAAGGAUUGUGACGCUCAGCGUUGCAAUACAUAAGUCCCUUCAUUGAUCCCACCGUAGGUUUCCAAUAUUUAAUAGACACAGAAUAUAGCUUUUUUAUGUAAAAAUCUCAGGGACGUUUGUGUAAUGCAAUGAAGAGAUCUUCCAUACUGCUAUUGUUUUCAAGUGAAUAAAAGCCCUUUGCUUGUUCUAGUACAGUAUGUCUGAUUUCAUACUCUAUUUGAUUUCAUAAGUGUAGUGUUAGAACUUACAAGUUUUGAAGUUCUGUAUUUUAUUAAAAACAUUUUAAAAAGCAUCUGUUUUUUUACUUUUUUAUAUUGUAUUUUAGUUUUUAGAGAAAAGAUACAAAUUCACAUCAAAUUUUGUUUGUUCAGUUGGAUGGGGUAAAUUAAUCCAUUGUAACAACUGUCUAUAUUCAAAGGGUUGAUCCUGCAAGUUGUUUAGCAUCCCCAAAGCCCAGUGAAAUCAUUAGGAGUUAACAGUGAUUAGUACCUUCAGGAGUUAUGCAACACCUUGCAAGAUUGAGAACUCACAGACAAAAAAAUUGAUUCAGA